AAUCCACCAUAGUUGCUGGAACUGUGCUGGGAAAGGCAAUGUAAAAAAUAAAAUAUCUGAGCCGGCACAUUACAAGUCGGGUCGGCAAAGGGUAUAGAACAGUCCCAUGAACUUUGCAAAGGCAGCGUUGAUUUCAUGUGUUUUCUUGUCUUUAACUGCAUCCUCUAUAGAGUCCCUUGAAAAGACAAUGGACUUUGAGCAGAAUUUGCAUCUGGGAGCUAAGGGGGCAGAGGAGGGAGUAGUGGCAAAAGAGAACAGGAACCAAUGCCCCACAGGCUGGUUCCAAUUUGGAUCACGCUGCUUCAUGUUUGUCGAGACUGCAAGGUCAUGGCCCCUAGCAGAGCGCCACUGUGUGUCCCUUGGAGCAAACCUGGCGUCUGUGCACAGCUCUGCGGAGUAUCAAUUUCUACAGYKAYUMGUGGYGWGCAAGACUYGCGGUUUSUCAYCUACCUGGAUUGGAGGAUUUGAUGCUGUUCAGGACAGGCUAUUUUGGAGUGAUGGCUCCGAAUUUGAUUACCAGAACUGGAUGAAAGGAGAGCCCAAUAAAGCGGUGGCAGAGACCAUGUAUGUGAUCAACUGGGGAGAUGAAUACCGCUGGAACGAUAUAAACUGUGGAAACAAAUUUCCCUCGGUGUGCUCCAAAAGAAUCUGUGAAARCAAGAAAAACUGAAACCAAAAAUGCUACUCCAUAGUGCCAACAUCUAAAUGAACAGUCUUUAUGGUGAAGUCAAAUAUUCAGUAAAGAUUAUUUGUACUGGUUUUGUUGUUUAUUGUCAAUAAAAUGGGUGUAGACAUUG